GCCCCCAGAGGACACUCAAUCGCCACUGCGAUCAGCAGCUGGACCUAGGUGAUGCCUUCAGUCUCUGGAGUGACCAACAGUUUUCUACAGCAGUGGAGCGACUUUUGUCAAUUUUUUGUUUUUAAUUUUGUCAAGAAAUUUUGAUCUCUCACGAAAUUCGGAAGAACACUUUUAAACAAAACUGUCACUGUUAAUCAGUGGGAGCAACUUGGACUUGUGUUUGUUAUUUGUUUUUUAUUAUAUUUCUUUAUUUUUUAAUUUAUUUGUUGUUAAACUUUUUUUUUUUAUUGUACUACCAUCACUCUCUCAAAGUAACUUUUUUACAUACAAAACUUUACAUUUAAAACUUUUUUUCAUAUUAUUUUUCUACCAACUGACCUUUACUUUGUAGUAAAAGUAAAGUCACUAACUGGAAGUAACUGGAAGUUUUCUUAUUUUUAAAUUUUUUAAAUUACGUAAUUUUUUGUUCUACAAAUUAAAUGCGUCUUGUCGGGGCUCAGUAUCAGGGCAUGGAGGAGCAGCUGUCCCCGUCGGCUCGUUUGGCUCGUGCUGCCGGCCCCCAGUCCAGAGUCCACAGCAUAGAGGCCAUUCUGGGCUUCAGAGAGGAGAAGAUGCUGCAGGUGGAAUCAUGCGGCACCAAAGGGGCCACAAAAACAGACACGACGACACCCGACAACUUCCAGAGUGACCCUUCCAGCCCGGACCGUAAGAAGCACCGGCGGAACAGAACCACCUUCACCACGUUUCAGCUACACGAGCUGGAGAGAGCGUUCGAGAGGUCGCACUACCCCGACGUUUACAGCAGAGAAGAACUGGCGCUAAAGGUCAACCUGCCGGAAGUGCGCGUCCAGGUGUGGUUCCAGAACCGUCGUGCUAAGUGGCGUCGGCAGGAGAAGCUGGAGGUCAGCUCCAUUAAACUCCAGGACUCCUCCAUCCUGUCUUUCUCCAGACCGGCAGGUCCUGGCCUGGGCAGCGGAGGCCUGCCACUGGAUCCCUGGCUGACUGGGCCCAUUUCAGGUCCUAUCUCAUCCCCUAGCUCACCCUUACAGUCCCUGCCAGGCUUUAUGGCCUCUCAGCCUGCCAGCUACACCCCUCCACCUUUCCUCACCCACUCUCUACCUCACCUCGGUCCGGUGUGCCACCCUCCUCCUCCACCGCCGGCCUACCAGUGCUCAGGCUUCAUGGACAAACUCAGCCUGGAGGAGACGGACCCACGCAACUCCAGCAUCGCAUCGCUGCGGAUGAAGGCAAAGGAGCACAUUCAGUCUAUAGGGAAGACAUGGUAAACAUCAGAACUUCAGAGACUGUGACGUUGCACUGUGACAGACUGGGAGCACUGGCCUAUUGGACUCCAAAAGGGUCAUUCAGCAGAGCUGGACCUAUUGAACAGUGUGUAUUUUGUUAUAAAACCCAUCAACAAGGCUGGACUUUGCUGAGCGAGGCCUGAAUUUGAACCCUACUUGAUUUUUCUUAUAGAAUUUUGAACAACAAUCAUAUUGAAGAACCAAAAUGAAGCAAAAAGGCACAUUCAGAGACUUUAUUUGAUAUGCUUUGCUCUAUUUUUGAUAACAGAUCGUAUUUUAUUCACUAAUAAAAGCAAUGUAAGUAUGCCGUCUACAAUCACAAAAUCAAAAUACACAAAACAAAAAAAUUAAGUUGACAGUGUUACAGUUCCCCUUCUGAGAAGAAUUCAAAAACUAUAUUUGAGAAAAAAUUGCUCUAUUUUUAUAUUAAUUUGGAAAUCCUGGAAUCAUGGAAGCAUGGAAAUCUUAAUGGCAAUGGCUUUGAACUAUCAAAACCAGCAGUAAUUUUACUCCACUCUCUGAGAUGGUUCCUUACUUUCCCCUGACCCCUAUGAUGCCACUACAAUCUAUUUAUUCUAAUUUCAUCUUCCCUGUAUAACAGAUUUGUUUCCAGAUUUUUGUAAUACACUUUUAUGUGUGUGUACACUCAGCCAGCUGAACUGUGUUAUUUUGCAAUAAUGUGAACAAUUCUGCAAUAAAAUGACCAUUUUAAAAA